AUGGAUGCUUCAGAUUUUGAUAUCAGAUUUAAUUGUGGAGCUUAUACAUAUACCUCAGAUCAAUUUAAUCAAAGUACUUUGGAAUCAAUUUAUGCAUGUGGUCAGAAUUUUAUAAGACUUAAAAAUUCUGGAGAAAGUCAAUAUAAAGUCGCUAACAAAUUUGGAUUGAUAGUCCUGGUAUUUGCUUUGAGUAUGAUGUUUGUUCAGCUAUAG